CGAACUACACGUGGAGAGACUUCUGGGAUGCUGGCGGAAUGUGAGGCGGGGAUAGAAUUGAGCCAGGUAUUGGUCCACUGUUCGAGGGUCGUCUAACCCCGCUGUUAUCUUUUUACUAUAAUAACACAUCAGCUUUAACUGGCGUCUCGCCUCGAGUCACAUUUUUGCUCUGAUAAUCCGGUGACGGUAUUUAUUGCGUGUCUGAGCGCUACAGGGGACGCUCUCUAAACGGAAGCGAGCUAGUCGGAGUAGUUUUUGCCAUAGUGCUGGUUUACUCAUAUUAACAAUGGGAAUUCGGACAGGGAUCGCCUUAAUAUGUCUCGCUGUAUUUGCAUUGGCUGCAGCUGAGGACGCAGAGAACAACGAAAGCGUGAUCGAUGAAUUGGUUGUGGAGACAUUGCUGAUGCCGGAGACAUGCACGGUUACAUCGAAUAUGGGAGACACGCUUCAAAUCCACUACACGGGUCGACUGAUGGACGGGAAGGUGAUUGACACAUCUCUGUCGCGUGAGCCUCUGCUGGUGGAGCUGGGGAAGAGAUCGGUCAUUACAGGACUUGAGCAAGCUUUGGUUGGCGUAUGUGAAGGACAAAAAAUCAAGGCUACGAUUCCAGCGCAUCUUGCAUAUGGAAAGAGAGGAUACCCUCCAACUAUACCAGGAGACAGUGCCCUUGAGUUUGAUGUGGAGGUGAUCUCGCUCUCUCAGCAAACACCCUGGCAGAAGCUAGUGAAUGAUGUUUUACCUCUAGUGUGUCUGGCACUGGUUCCCACCCUGCUGGGUUUAGUGGGCAUCUACCUCUAUAAAAAAGCUAAUGCGCAAGCUCACGGCAAGAAGAAGAGCAAAGACAAGAAGAGCAAGAAGAAAUAAGAUCAAAGAAAAAAUAAAGAAACUAUUUAAAUAAAAAAAGAAAGAAUAAAAAA